UAUGAUAGAGGGAAACUUAAGUGAACUAAUUUGGGGAAGUGUAGAACUGACAUUGAAUGUUCUAUUAUUGGAUAGAUUAAGGUUGCCUUAAAAAAUACCAGCUUAAGGAGUAUUGAGAUUGUCACUCAUUCAUGAGUACAAUAAUUACUCAGACACCAAGGUAUGAUGGUGUUCCUUAGCUAGGUGAGAUAUGUAGUAGCCUCACUACUUACCCCAGAUAUUUAUAAAUACUUUCGUAAUUUCCAAGAUCCACUUCAAUUUAUAUAUGGGUGCUUCAUGUUCUUCGAUCUCCUUGUUAUCUUAGAGAUUAUCACUAAUACAGAUACUAUCUAUGCUGCCACUCUUCUCUUAAGACUAUUGCGUAUCAUUAAUAUUCUCUAACAAAUCAUUAAAGCUGCCAUGACUAUAAAAAUCAAGAAGACCAUAAAAUACAUUCCUCCUCCUGUUAUUAAGCCAUCUGAAGUAUCUCCACCUUAAUCAUUGAUUACAACCAAAGCCAAUUCUCAUGAUGAAGAAUAAGAAGUACUCAAAUAACCAAAAAAACCAUAAAAUCCUUGUCUAUACUAAUUCAACAUCAGAACUUCUAAAUCUUCUGUGAUAACCAUUAAUACUAAUGAUAUUACAUAAUUAGACUAUCUUUUAGAUCAAAAAUUAUAUUUGGACAAAAGAACCAUGCUUAUGAUUAAGUUAAAUCUUUGUCUCAAGGCAUAUAAUUAAAACAAUAUAAAAAAGUUACCCACAUCUGAAAUACUUCUCAAACAGAUAGCUAACUAUUAGGCUGAGUUAAUGCUUAUGCAUUCAUGAUUU